UGUUCCUGUCAGCGGUGGGGUAUGUGUGUUUGCUUUACUGUGAUUAGGAAUUAUUAAGGCGAACUCGCAUGUGGUCUACCGUUUCUGUGUCAGUGAGAGGCUUUGUUCAUUUACGCCAUAUGCUGUGGCUUGAGUCCGUUCAACAAACAAACCUGGCUCACUCAUUGAUAAAACGAGGCAGAGGUUUAUGAUGUGAUUAGAUAUUGAAUUAGCUGCAGAAAGCAAACACACGUUAGAAAGCCACUGAGUGUAUGAAUGGAAGAGACGUACUGUAUGUGUGGCUCACUUGACUAAUGUUUUUUUAGUGAGUAUCUGAGAUGUGAUUGUGUGUAAGAGCCUGUGUUUCAGCUCUGUUUGCACCUCUGUGUGUUUGUGCCGACAUUCAUCGGGUCGGCCCCUUGCUGCGCUGCAUCACAGAGGUCUUGUCUUACAGGUUUUCCUACACGCCCACACAUAAAACACACACACAUGCUUUGACACAAACACCCACAGGGCGUGGAAAGCCUGGCUCUUUUAAUAAUGCUUUUCUGCUGCUUCCAGUAAGACUGCUGUUCUGUGUGCUCCCAGUAAUGAAAAGUAUUUGUGAUAAGUGUCCUUGCAGCUUGUGUUCCCUCCGUCUGCUGUAGCCGUGCCUAUCGUCACAGCGGCAGGCAACCAUCUCUCUCUUGAACACACGUAACGCACUCAGGAUGGCAGGGGAGUGUGUUCCUGAGGGUCCAGACCUGGGAGAGAUGGGCGAGGAGGAACUGUGGGAACUGAUUAACGACAACCGCCACCGGAUCUCCUUGGGGGUGCGUCCGUGCAUCUUGAUCCCGUACCUGAGGCAGGCCAGGGUGCUCACCGAGAUGGACGAGGACGAGAUCGUCUCCUGCCACAACCUCACCAACCGCAGCAUGAGAACCAGCUAUAUGCUGGAUCUGCUGAGCACCCAGGGGAGGAAUGGUGCUGUGGCAUUGCUGGAGAGCCUGAUGAUCCACUACCCCACCCUGUACACACAAGUCACAGGACGCAAACCCAGCACGGAGCCUUCCAGAUUCAGUGGCCUGAUAAAGUACUCCGAGCUGACAGAGUAUCUGGUCCGAGCAGUAACGGGGAUGCAGAAGGAGCUCCAGGAGGCGCGUUGCGAGGCUAGCAAAAAAAGUGCACGCUGCGCCUCCCUGGAGUUGGAGAUCAGGCAGAUAAUGGAGCUGGAGGAGAAGUCAACAUGCCUUCAGUGAAAUGAACGCAUGCGGAGGCUCAUGUGCUCUUUGCAACAUGAUGUCACCAAGCUGAAGGACGAGAAGUGUGACUUGUACAUGCGCUACACGGCAGCCAUCGAGGAGAAAUCAGCUGUGAACAAGCACCUCCAUGACCUCAACCUGCAGAUGUAUCAGCUGCAGACUGAGUUGCAGAAAGCACAACUGGAGAACGAGUUCCAGAAGCAGCACUCGCUCAGGUGUGCCUCUCCUGCUGCGACGCCGCAACUGCAAGAAGAAGUCAGGAGUCUGCGCUGCCAGCUGGUGAAGGCGGAAAAACUGGACCCGGCUCGUCAGGACAUCCUGGCCCAGGACCUGGCUGAGGCCAUAGACAGCCAGGUGGAGCUUGCAGAGCAGCUCAGGUGUUACAGAGAGGAGAACGAACAGCUGCUCAGAGAGAAGAAAGGGCUCCUGGAUCAGAACGAGUGCCUGAGCCUCCAGGUGCAACAGCUGACCCUGGACUGUAACACGCACCAGCAGAAGAGCACUGUGAUCCACAACCAGAUGAAAGAGCUGCAGCAGAGAGAUCAGGCGUACCUGUCACGAGACGAGGCCCAGGCCAUGAUCGCCCGGACCCUGGCUGAGAAGGACACCCUGAGGUGUCAGCUGGUGGAGCUCCAAGAGCAGGUCUUCAGUCUGCAGGCCAAGCGCAGCCCCAGAGAACAACAACAACGGCGGAGUUGUGAUGAGACGGGGGUGGACUGGGGGAGCCCGAGUUCCAGCUUUGAAGAAUCCCCACUACCCCCACCCAGAAUGCCCACUAGACGUAGACUUUGCCGCAUGGAUGCAGUCAAUCCCAUGUCAAAUAGUUCCUGUAAUUUAGAGUGUGAAGAUGCUGUGAUAAAUAGUGUCCGAUCCCGAAACGCAGAGCCCCCCAGUCCAGAGUCUCUCCGCAGAAGGGAGGAAGCUCUUUAUGCAGACAGCAGCUCGAAAACAGUGGAGACUGAAUCUCUCUUGGACGACUUUGUUUUUAUCCCCAGUGAGGGGAGCGACAAGCAGACGCCCAGGCUUUCCUCUUCUAAUGGCUCCAGCACUGAUGGCAUGUCCAGAACCUCAGUCCCUCCCUUCCUGAUGCGAUCUCGUCAGAAAGCAAUUCGCGUCAACGGCCGUGUUCUCAGCAUCUCCCUCCAGGGGGAGGCGCUGCUCGGACAGCUGGUAGUGCUGGGGGGCAAUAACGGAGUGUUUGUGCACCAGGUGACAGAAGGGACCGCUGCCCAUACUGUCGGCAUCAGCCCCGGGGCACAGAUAGUGGAGGUGAAGUACGAGCAGAACCAGAAGGCUCUGAGGAUGGUGCUGGAAGAUUCCACUCUAGAGGAAGCUAUGUGGGCUCUUGGCCAGGUCACAGGGCUCUGUCACCUCUCCCUCCGGCCCAGGCAAGAUGACUACGAGGCGCUGCUGCAGCAGCUGCAGAGCAGCGAGACGUCAUCCGGAGACUCCUUCUACGUACGUGUCAACAUGUCUCUCCCUGCUGGCCCCAACGGAACCCUGGCCGUGUCCUGCAACGACAUCCUUCACGUAACCAACACGCGACCCGCUGGCACCGAGGACUCGUGGUGCGCCAGCCAAGUUCACCCCUGUCGGCUGCUGGACCUCCAGAGUGGAAACGUACCCAACUAUUACAGGGCACAGCGACUUCUGAUUCAUGCAAUUGAAGACUUGAGCUUUCAAACAAAGAAGUCUCAAAAGGUUGGGCGUCUGGUGGCCCAGAAUAAGCAGAAGGCAGUGAGGAUUGUCGGCACCGUGCGCCAGGGCAGGAACCCACUGUGGGUCAGCGUGGAGGAUGAAAAGACCAAGAGUGCAGAACCAGGUGAUACAUCUGCACCCAAAAGUUGUCUAACCCUGAUGCCCUACAGCCUGGUCACCCCCCACUUCCCACCCGUCUGCAGGCCUGUCCUGCUGUUGCCCACCAUCCUGGGACACAUCCUGGACAAGAAGCUGGCAGACUGGCAGGGCUUCCAGCUCUGUGAGGCUGAGGUGCUGAGCUCCAGCGAGCAUGCAGCCCAGCUGCAGAGGUCCGAGAUCCUGGAGGAGUGUGAGCAGGGAAGAAGCUGCUGCUACACCCUGCAGGGUGUCGAGAAAGUCAUGAAGAAGGGGAUUCACUGUGUGCUGCCGUUGGGGCUGGACUGCGUGCGCCGGCUGCACCGGGCCGAGAUCUUCCCUAUUAUCAUCUUCAUCGGCCAGUCUGCACGUAGUGCUCGGAAACUGAGGUCCAAGUUGCAGCGCAACAGCCAGUCGGAGGAGCGUCUGUUGGCGUGUUCGAGGAGCGAGGAGACGCUGCUGGACAAGCUGCCGUGUCUGUAUCACAGCGUGGCUCCGGACUCGUGGUGUGACCAGGCCUCGCUGCUGACCAGCCUGCGCACCAUCAUCUGGGAGGAGCAGCAGAAGAUCGUCUGGGUGGAGCCGGACCUUCGAUAGAACAGAGGAUAGAGCUGAAAAAUAUCUUAGAAAAAAUAUUCAAAUAAUAGGAAUUUCUCAAGGGGCUUAACAUGAUGUUGAGAAUAUAUUUAGCUUUACAAUAAAUUUGUAAACAUGAGUAUGUAUCUAUGAUACUUAUGAGUAAAAGGACUCUCAUAAAGUGCUAUAUACUGUACUUUUAAAGUGUAUGAAUCAUUAUUUACUGUGAACAUUUUCUGCUUUGUGUCGCCCCCCUUUUUGAGGCGUUUGUUUAAAGCAACCACUGGUGUGAGGUGUCUACUAAAAACAUCAUUCAAACAAACUGUAAUGUCUUGUAUGUACUGUAUCUCUACAAUAUGUUGUAGGUCAUUUCCCACUAUGGGGGAUUUUCUGUUAAUGCUCUGGAUCUGUCAGCUCUUGUGCUUAAUCAGAAUGCUACAGUCUGUGGUCAUUUUGAUUUUUUACUUCAAUUACUGUAGUAGGAGACAGGAUUGUUAUUAGCAGGAAAAAAGAAGAUGAAUUGUCGUGGAGUCUACAUCCCGAGAGAUCUGUAUCCUGUGUGUCGGGUUCAUGACCGGGAUGUUGCUGCAGUUAUUCUUUUAAGGAGAUCCUCUCUUUUUCCUUCUCUUCUUCUCCUCUCUGGUGCCGCCCAGCACCCAUACACAUGAUGACUUUUACUGUCAGCUUUUCACAAACUGUUCUUGCCGUCCCUCUGAAUUUCUGUAGAAGUUUUGUUGGCAGAUUCUGUAAUGGUUUGUUUUAUUUUAUCAUUUUGUUUCCAAUGUGUAUCACUGUACACAUUAAUAAAAAAAUGUAGCAAUAUUCAAUA